GUCGUUAGUUCCCCCGAGCAAUCGAGUUGUGUUCCCAGCGAUCGAUCGAUCUAGGUGAGCAUCAUGGUUUCCGCCGACGUGGCCCGCAACAUCGUCGGCAUCAUCGGCAAUGUCAUCUCCUUCGGUCUCUUCCUCUCCCCUGUGCCGACGUUCUGGCGGAUCUACAAGGCCAAGGGCGUGGAGGAGUUCAAACCGGACCCCUACCUGGCGACGCUCAUGAACUGCCUGCUCUGGUUCUUUUACGGGCUCCCCAUCGUCCACCCCAACAGCACCCUCGUCCUCACCAUCAACGGCAUCGGCCUUGUCAUUGAGGGCGCCUACAUCAUCAUCUUCAUCAUCUAUGCGGCUAAGAACACAAGGUGGAAGAUGCUGGGCGUGCUCGCCCUCGAGGCGGCGUUCGUGGCUGCCGUGGUGGCCGGCGUGCUCCUCGGUGCCCACACCCAUGAGAAGCGCUCCAUGAUCGUAGGCAUCCUCUGCGUCAUCUUCGGCUCCAUCAUGUACGCCUCCCCGCUCACCAUCAUGGCACGACAUGCGUUGUACCGGCGCAUCACCGCCUUCCUCCGAUGGCUCAGGUUUCAAUCACCCUGCUCUGAUACAUCAUUGUCCGUCUACCAUAAGGGCUCUGCUAUGGCCUACGUCCCGCUUUACGUCGAUGAAAUCAUUGUGACGGCGUCCUCCACUGACCUCCUUCAUCAGCUCACUGCUCGUCUCCGAUAUGAGUUCGGCCUCAAGGAUCUAGGGCCUCUUCACUACUUCCUCGGCAUCGAGGUGGUACGACGCGCUGACGGGUUCUUUCUUCAUCAGCAACAAUAUGCUCAUAAGCUUCUCGAGCACAUGGGCAUGCUUAACUACAAGCCUACUCCCAUGCAUGUCGAAUGCCAAUAUCUCUGCACUUGA